GGUGAUGCUGCUGGUAAGCGUGGUGGCGUGGGGCAUGACCCUGUGGCUGCUGCAGGGGGCGUGGCAGAAGAUGGCAGGAGGGCGUCGGGUCGAGCUUUCUACUGCCCUCCUCUACAGCUGGGGCGCGCUCCUAAACGACCCUCCUUCAGAACCACCCGUCAAUGUCUCUGGACAGGUGUUGGUCGGCUGGUGGCUGGUGUUGUGUGUGGUCAUCAAUACGGGUUACACCUCGUCCUUGGUCGCUCACCUAACCAUCCAAGGAAGGUCUAAGACCAUCGAGGGUUUUAGGGACAUGGUGGAGAGACCCAACUGGAAGUGGGGGAGCGAGGACUGGUUCAUGUCGGGGGUUCCCUUGGAAUAUUUCUCUAAGCAUACCGAUCCAUUGAUCAAAAAAAUAUACAAGGAAAUGGAGUUAUUACAGGUUAAAGAAGCCUUCAAGAAGGUGGUGGCUGGGGGUUACUCCUUCAUCAGCUUCAAGAACUAUGCAAAAGUCAUCAUUGCCUCUAGUUACACCGACACUUUCGGUAACACUCCCUUCUACAUCGGCAAAGAAGAGAUCCCCAUCUUCGUCGUCUCAGGAUGGGGAUUCAGGUGAAGAUGCAAACAACAAUAUUCACUGAAAAGAUUUAGGCCUAAGCUUAGUGUAAAGAAAACGCUUCAUAAGCCUAAGCACAUUCCAGACCAACAUGCACAUAACAACCUUCUGAUCCCUGCCUCAUCAUCUGAUAUUUCACCACAUAACUAUGCUGUUUAUGCCCUUUUAAGACCUAGUAAUCACUUGUUGAGGAUCUAGACCACCUUCCUCAAACACACUACCCUCUGUGUAUUCACC